GUAUCGCGACACGACCUUGCGCCGCUGCAAUGGUGACACGCCCCAAACAUGCAAAUUCUCUGAGAAUGCGCGAGCUGCGUGUUUCCUUAAAGAUUUAAGUAAGGCUUCAUUCUGGUACAUUAGUGGGCUUCACACUGACGUGCGAAGAAGGUUGAAAGCCAGGAAGUUAGCGUUCCGCACCCAGCACGUUCGCGACAACCACUUUGUAAAUGAUACUGCCUCUACACGUGAACUCAAUGAUGUGACCGGUCAGCCUUGGUGCGGCCGAGGCGCUGCAACUUCCAGCAUGCGAGCAGAAGCAGAGCCGGCUUCGGGCUGGCAGAAACUGCCACGGGAGCUCGUCGAGAGAGUCGCGAGUUAUCUAGGACCCAAUGACAUCGCCGUCCUUCGCGGGCUGGACACAUACACGCACGCGCUGUUCGAUGGCCGGGAGCACGCCGUCUUCCACCUGUCGCUGCCAGUGCCACCGGGCGUCUUUGCGCGCUUUUGGUCCCCCCGCGUCGUCAGCCACCUGCCUCUCAAGCAGCGACGGCAGCUGGUGACGCUGACCGCAGCCAGCGGCGUGCUCCAGAACCUGCGCCUGGCUGUGGAGAUGUGCGAGCUGGCGGCGCCGCUGGGGGUGGACGUGUUCGUGGCGGCGGCGCGGGCGGGCGCGCUGCCGGUGUGCCGCUGGCUGAGGGAGCAGCGCUGCCCCUGGUCGUGGGACACGCUAGAGGCAGCGGCAAGAGCGGGGCAGACGGAGGCGGUACAGGCGCUCAUCUCCGCGGGCUGUCCGCUGGAGGGGUCGGGCCUAAUGGCCGCCGCCGCUGCCGGCGGCUCUAUAGGCCUGCUCGAGUGGCUGUUGGCGCGGGGCUGCGCAGAGCGCGGCGCCGCCGCCAGCCGGCCCGGCGGCGGUGGCGGCGCUGCCACCUGGUGGCGCAAAGCCCUGGCGGCGGCGCUGCGUAACGGGCAGGAUCAGGUGGUGGUGUGGCUGAUGCAGCCGGCACAACGCUGGCGCGGCCGGCAGGGGCUGGGCGGCGGCUUUGGCGGCGGCGGCGGCGGCGGUGCGGCUGCCGGCUGGCCGGAUCUUGACGCUGACCCAGAGGCGGCGCUGGAGGCGGCAGAGCUGCUGGAGGCGGCGGCGGAGGGGUCGCCGCUGCCGCUGCUCUGGCAGCUCUACGACUUCUUCGUGGCACACGCCGGCUGCGGCGAGGAAGAGGCGGAGGCGGCCGCGGCCGCGGUGAUAGCGGCGGCCAAGGAGGCGGCUGCAGCGAGGGCACAGGCUGCCUCGGGACGCACCUGCGGCGCGCCCGCACCGCCCGGCGCGGUCUCACCCGGGCCGCGGAGCCCAGGCGCUGUGCUGUUGGCAUCGCCGCGCUCCCCCGGAGCCCCCGGACUCCUGUUCCCCGACACGGGCGGGUCGCCGCCGCACCGCAGCACACCGGACAACCGCGGCCGACCCAACCCUGCUGCACCUGGCCCCGGUGCCCUCGGUGGCCCCGACGGCGAUGGCGGCGGCGGCGGCGGCCUUGGCGGCGGCGGCGGCAGGAGCCGCCAGGCGGCGGCGCUGGUGGACGCUCUGCGCGCUACCACCUGGCGUGGCCGAGUGCUGGCGGCGGCGGCGGCCAGCUGCUCGCCCGACUGGCGGGACAAGGUGACGUUCCUGGAAGCGGCGGGGCUGCGGCCCGUGGAGCGGUUCGGACUGGCGGUGGUGGCGGAGCGUGCGGCGGCGUACCGGGGACCGCGGCCGGCGGCGGCGGGGGCGGGGGCGGCGGCAGGGGCGGGAGCGGGAAGGGGAAGGGGUGGUGGUGGAGGAGGCGGAGGUGGUGGAGGAGGCGGAGGCUGGCGAGGUGGGGGCGAGGCGGUGUGGGUGGCGACGGAGGGAGAGGGUCGGAGAGGUAGCGGCGCGACGCUGCAGCUGAAGCGGCUGGGCGCUGGCUCCGGGCCAGCCGCCAGCCCGCAUGUGAGCGGCUCUGGCGCGGGCGGCGGCGACGGCAGCGACUAUGGCAGUCGCGGCUCUCCGCCAAGAGCACGCGCGGCAGCCGCAUUGCCUGCGUCUUUAGCGGGGCCGGCGCCCACGCCCCCCGGCAGUGGUGACGGCGGCAGCGGCCACGGUGGUCCGGUGGGCGGUGCCGACGAACACGAUGACGCCCUGACUCGGCUGCAGUGGCUCCGCCGCCGGCGCUACCCCAUCUCCGGCGCCGCCGUCUUCGGCCAGGCCGUGCGCGCCGACAACGUGCGGGCGGUGCCGUACCUGCUCAACCGCAACCGCCGGCGGCUGGAGCGGUUGGAGCUGCCGUACGGCUUCAGCGUGCGGCCGGCGCUGAUGGCGGCGGCGGAGGCAGGGCAGCUGGAGGUGCUGCAGGGGGUGCUGGACUGGGCCCUGAGCAGGGCCGCCGCAGACGCCGCGGCUGUCGCCGCCGCGGCUGCUGCAGCAGCAGGCCCAGGCGCCGCCGGGGAUGCAAGCGUGCGCCGGCCUGUCUACAGCGACAGUGACAGUGACGGAGGUGGUGGCAGUGAGGGCGGUGGCGUGAGCGAUGACGGGGGGGUUGGCGAGGACGAGCAGGGCGGCGCCGGCGCGGCGGUGUUGCGGGCGGUGUGCGACGGCGCCGGGGCGAUGCUGGUGGGGGCGGUGCGGGGCGGGCAGCUGCAGGCAGCCUCCUGGGUGCUGGACACGUUUGGGGCCGGCACCAGAGGCGGCCGUGGUGGCGGUGCCGAGUCUGCAGCCGGGGCAGCCGGGCACGGCAAGGGCCGGUCGCUGGCAUGGCCCUGGAAGGGGCGAGGCGCGGCGGGCGCGGGCACGAGUGCCGGCACGGCGAAUGAAGCGACAGGCGACUCCAGGCCGCACCCGGCCGGGGCAGCGGCACAAGGCAGCCACGUCGGUGAUGCGGAUGCUGGUGGUGGUGCUGCUGCUGCUGCUGGCUCCGCAGGAGCCCGCACCGGACUGCGAGCCAUGUUCCGGAAGGUCCUGGGCCGUGGCAUCAGCAGCAGCGGCGGUAACAGCGACGGCAGCAGCCGGCAUACGCACAGCACUGCUGCUGCGGCCUCCGCCACCGCCGCUGGGGGUCACGGCGGAAGCCCCAGGCGGCGCGGUGCGCAGCAGGGCAGGUCGCAUCGCCGCGGCGGCGGUGCAGCCGCCGCCUCUGGCGCCGCCGCCGGCAGGCGGCCCACCGGCGCCGCCGCCUCAGGCGCCGCCGCCAGCCCCGCCGCCGCCACGCCCGGCGCUGCUCGGUCGCUUUUUGUGGAGCUGGUGGGUUGGCGCGAGCCCACUGGCAUGUGGCUGACGGAGCGGCUGUUUGCGGUGGCGGCUGGGUCGGGGCUGGGCAACGCGGUGCCGCUGAUGGCGCUGCUGCGCGCGCACCGCUGCCCCGCCGACGCCAGCGCCUGGUCGGCGGCGGCGGUGGGCGGCGACGUGACGGCGCUGGAGUGGCUGGCGGUGAACAAGGUCGCAAUGCGGAAGAGCCACCGGCCCUACAUGGUGGCUCUGGGCCAGGGCGACCUGGCCACACUGCACUGCCUGCGCCGCCUGAGGUACCCGGUGCGCUGGCGGGACGUGGUGAGAGAGGCCAAGGAGUGGGCGGCGCCCGCCGUGCAGGCGGCCGUCUGCGAGCCGGUGCCAGGCGGCGGCGGCGGCAAGGGCUGGCGCAAGGGCGGCGGGAGCGCAGGAGGUGGCAGUGGCGGCAGUGGCGGCGGCGGCUUCGCCGCCGCGGGCAGCCGGCUGCGCCGCAUGCUCACGUGCAGCGCCCGGCGAGAUAAGCUCCGUGUUGGUGGCGGUGGCCGCGGCGGCAGCGGAGGCUGGGCGGUUGCUGGGUCUAGAGAUGCGGCAGGGGCUGUAGAUGGGGGCGCCGGCACUGCGGCAGGCGACGUCGGCAACGCCGGCAGCAGCGAGGGACAGGGCGGCGGCCGCGCGAGGCUUGGCGGUGUACUGCGGCGUGCGAUGCUGUGGGCGUGGGGGGGCAUCAGCGGCCGGCGGAAAGCAGGACACGCAACCAGCGGUCUGCCCUUGUACCUUGCCGGCGCCGGCGCCACCGCUGCUGGGUCAGGGAGCGGCAGGCGUGGCAAUGGACGCCCCCGAUCGGCGACAGGGCUUGGCAGCGGCGGCGCAGCCGCAAUGUUUCUCCCGCUCGCAGCUGGGUCGGGUGCGGCUGUGGCGGCGGCCAGCGGCAGCUGCCCCUCGCCGCGCCGCAGUGCCUCGUCCCCUCGCCGCUACCAGCCCCCACACCAGCACAACCAGCACAACCAGCACAACCAGCCCCUACCACACCAGCACAACCCGCACCAGCAGCGGCACCAGUCGCCGCACGGCUCGCCGCAGCGUGUGCACGUCGCACCGCCGCGGCCGGCGGCGGCGCCAGCGGCGCUGGGGGCGCAGGGGUUGGUGGCGGCGCCGGCAAUGGCGCCUGUGCCACCAUCAGCGACUGAGCGCGGCGCGCUGAGUGACCUGAUACGGAUGUGGCGGCGCCGUCAGGACGCGGCGGCGGCCGCCUCUGCCGCAAGCCUUCCCGAGCGGGGGCCGUUCGCUGGCCGCGGUCAGGAGGACUAGUUGGGCUGCAUCGGAGGCCUUCAUGCUCCGUGCUUUGCCCAGCACGCACCAUCACGAACGAGAGAUUAGAAUGAUGCAACGUUGGCUUGUGGGACAUGGUUGUACCCGAUGCCGGAUACGCACACACCAACGGUGCUCACCUCCGCGGGUGCUAGAUCACACGCGCAGGGGCGAAGGUGCGGAGUGGCCAGGCAUAGCACCGGCGAGGUUACGUGGACGCGUACAUGUGAUCGCCAUGUGUUUUGAUUAAGUUAGCACGCGUUGUGGCGACCUUUACCGGUAUGCAGACAGUUGGCGGGUUGCAAGAGCCCAUCCAGCCGCGUUGAUGCCAGUGUUCAAGAAGCUCUGGGAACCAUUGAGUUGUCGAUGAUUUAAUCAGGGCGAUGUGAUUGCUGUGGAGCUCGCUCAGGGCACAUUGAUGUGCGCGAGGGUUUCCAUAAUCAAUUCAUCGAGCGACGCUAGCUUUGUAUACGCCCCUCUAUGAAUAUGAGUAAAAAUCCUUUGUGAAGAGGAAACUCGGUAAAUCGACAAGACCGAAAACCUGAGCCCUGACCUGAGCCAGGCCGGGUCGCUUCGCCUACACGUUUGAGCUGUCCCGUAAGAGUAAGCGAUACCUGCUGCUUACCGCCACUGUGACACACGUACGUGUAAAGCUCUCAAAGC